CGAACGGUCGCGGUGGUGCCAACGCCAACGGCCAACUGGCGGCUUUUGGGCGCGGCAGACAGGACAGAGAAUGGCGUCACGGGUGCUCUAUGUGCCCAAGCGAGCCGAAGCGGAGCCGAGCCCCGAUGUCGUCUACGCCGAGUACUCGAUGCAAUGCCGCGACCACGUGAAAGCCGACCCGGCCGUGCAGACACUGCUCCACGGGUUCUGGGACGUGGCUGUGAAGGACGUGCACGGCUUUAUCCACCAAGAGGCCUAUCUCGAUGUCUUGCAGCGCAUCGCGUACGCCAUGGUGGCCAACGCGACCCCCGAGACCGCGCGCGACCUUGUUGCGCGGGACUGGGCCAACGACGCGUUCAACCAAGAGUACAUGCAUUUCAGCCCGUUUAUGGACGCGCUCUUUGAGAUCUGCGACCUCUGGGUGCCGUAUGUGGACUCGCGCGAGUAUGUACAUUUUUUAACUGCGCUGCAAUCGAUGGUGUUACGGCCCAACGUGGCCGACAUGGCUGCCGUGCUGCUGGAAGACCAGCCGAUGCUCGACGGUUGCCUUCCACGCGUCCUCGCGCCUCUCGACGACAUGACGCGCUGCCCGCACAAGACGUUGACACCGGGGCUCGAAGACUCGUACCGCAACGGUGUCUGGCUCCUCGCGACGACCCUCUCGCCCGAGUCCAAGUCGCUCUCGUUCAAGGCGCUUUUGUGCACCAACCACGCAAAGGUGUUUGGCGCGUUCUCGCAAAAGAUCGUUGCGACGACAAAGGCCAUGUCCGAAGGCGGGUUUGUUGAAUUUGCGCGUAAAUUCAAGGUCCACAGCUCGAACUUGAAGCCGCUCAAGCCCGUUGAGCGCUCGAACGAAGGCAGCCGGUACCGUGUACACUACUUGACCAACGCGCGCCAGCAGGAUGCGUGGGACCCGGCGUUGGCGUCCAUUGCGCAGCUGCUCGGACGACGACCGGGCAUCUGCGUCGUGGGGCCGCCCGGUGUCGGGAAGACCCGCUUGGCACGCUCGCUCGCGGCCGAGCUCAACCUCGAGUACAUUGGUCUGGCGGCGACGCUCGAGCUCGUCUUGUCGCAGCCGCAGCCGACGGCCGAAGAAAUCUUUGAGAGCGACCUUCUCCAGCUCAAGCAAAAGGUCAAGAGCAUGCUGCGCCGAGGUCAGAGUGUCAGCCGCGAGUACGCGAUCGACCUUGUGGUCGACUACAUCAGCCACCAUCUCCAAGAGUGCCAGGGCUACGUGCUCGAUGACGUGUACCCGCACGAAGUCGUCGCGCUCCGCGAUGCGAAUGCGAUGGACAUGAGUGUGACGCACUUGCUCUGUCUUCGCGGGACCCACGCCAACGUCGAAGCCCAUGUUGCAACGUUGCUGCUCGACCCCAAGACGCGCGCGAUCUCCUCGGCCCGCGACCGGACGAUCGCCAGUGACGAGAACGGCUUUGCGAGCACUUUCAUUGAGCCCGAGCCGCUGCUCGUCACGGUCGAGGCGCAGCCCGUCGUGCCGCUUCCGACCAACGACGACGACAACGCAGGUGCGGAUGACGACGCGUCACCGCGCGACGACGAAGAAGGGGUUGUCCACGAGCCACCGCCAGAUCCGAGUGCACCGUUUCGAGUGCCAGCCUACGAGCUAUCGCAGCUGGACAAGUACGCGCCGGCGCCAUCGAAUGAUCGAUGCUUGAGCGUGGCGUCCGUCUACCUCAAGCAGCUCUCGAAAGGCAUGCAGGACUUUGAGUCGGGUGUGAGCAUGACCAUGCAGCUCGUCAAGACGCAGCUCACGAUCGUCGAUGUGAUCUUUCACCAGUCGCCCAACGGCGUCUUGCAGCACGCUAUCCAUGCGGUGUCGGGGGCACACCCGCCACUGUCGCGCCUUCCGCCAUCCCUCUCGGCCGUUCGCGUUGAAAUGCCCUUGGACGUUCUCAGCCAGCCCCGAGACGAGCAGCUUCGGUGGCUUUUGUACGGUGAGCUGCCCGUGCCGCCCGAACACCAAGCGCUGCUGCCACCCAACGAGCCCCGGACGCUCUCGGUGUACCGGUCCUUCUGUCCUGUUCUAUGGGCGUCCGGCGAGGUGGUGCCAGGUGUGCCCGAGUUCCACGCCUUCUUUGCCGGACGGCUCUACGUGAUGGCGUCGAAGGAAACCCAAACCGCAUUUCUCCGGCACCCGCACUCGGUGCUUCGGCACUUGGUCGAUAGCAGUGGCUCGCCGUCGUACCCGAGCACGCCGCUGCCGACCAAGCUCUGGGUACUGACCUCGACGCCAACAUGGAGUGUGGACCACCCUAUGUACUCUGCCGUGCUGGCGGCGCUUGCACACAAGCUGCAGGUCGAGACGCUGGAUCCACUCUCGGUGCUCCGGUCGCCGUCCCUCGACUCGCUCCACACGGUCGUGCUGCGCCAAGGCCUGACCAUGUCCCACGCUAUGGUGACGCAGCUCGUGCUUGACGAAACGUUCUCGCGGAGUGGGUACAUUCUGCAUGACUUACCGCUCGACGAAGCGACCGUGGGUACGAUCGAAGCCAACAACGCGUCUCUGGACCUUGUGCUCGUGCUCGAGCCGCCCAAAGCGUCCGACGCGGCCGAAGCCAGCUACGGCGAGAAGCUCCAAAAGGUCCUGUCGCGUCUCGGCCAAGUGCCGGUCGCCCAUGUCGCGAUGGACCCCAGUGCCGAUGCGGACGAUAACGUAGCUGCGAUUGGUCGCGCUCUCCGCCGCCUCGAUCGAAACCGCGUUGACGGGCCCGACGACGGCUGUACCAAAGAGGACGAGAGUACCAAACCAUGGGGCGCCACGGGCCGCUUCUGCCCCGUGACCUACUGGAACACGGCGAGUUUGCAUCGCACUGUGCCCGGCAAGACCGAGUAUAUGAGCUACGUCGACCAGGCCAAGUACGCAAUGGCAGGCCCCAAGGAAAAGGCCAUGUUCGAUCGGAACCCGCGUCGGUACUUGCCGACAGCGCCGACCACGGAGUUUCGACCUGUGGUGUGGCUACAUGGUCUCACAGGCUCGGGCCGCUCAACGCUGGCCGCGCACCUUGUUGAGGCCCUACGCGAUGAGCCAACGAGCAUUGUGGACUUGGCGGCUGUCGCCGCGGCGACGGCCAAAGCCAUUCGACUGCAGCAGCAUGCGUUGGGCGACGGCGAGACGCUCGACGAAACGAGUCGGACGCAGUUGUACGUUGCGGCGCUGGGGCACGAGCUGUCGCGGCAUGCGACAACCGGGGGCAGUCUCUGCCUCGCGCCGGGGCUAGGCCCCACGCGGCUUCCCACUCGAGAGCUGCUGACGCAUUGCGCCGACCAGCGCUGGCUUCCACUGCUCGUGGUACCGCUGGCGAUCGACGAGGCGGCGAUCGUGGCCCGGCGAAUGCGCCAGUGGGUGUACACUCCGCCGCCUGCAGACCCGGACGCAGCCGACGACGACGGCGCCGAGCCCGAGGACCCCAAGCUCAAGAAAGAGCGCUUGGCGGCUGAAGAAGCGGCCGCUCGCGACGACGCGACGCAAGCCAUCGCGAGCGACGUGGCUGCGGAGCUCGAACUCUACGCCGCCGGCCUCGCGUUCUUUCAAGAGGUCGGUGUCGAGGUGGCACCGCCGAUUGACGCGAGCCGGGGGCCAACCCGCGUCCUCAAAGAGGCACUGCGGCGCCUCGAAAACCAUGUGCUCACGCGCCGCCACCAGCUCUUUUGCGCCCCCGAGCGACAGCCCGUCACGCGCCUGGGGCCGCUGCUAUCGGCGGGGUACAUUGCACUGGGCCACCAUGGUCCGUACUGUCCCGUGAGCGAUGCUUGCAUCCCAACGCGGCAGUCGCCCGAGGCGGUGCUCUACCGCAGUCGCGUCUACGUGCCGAGCUCCGAGGCGGUGGCUGCCUUUCUGGCAACGCCCAGCGCCUACGUGCAGCGACCAACGAAACCGGGUGCAGUCGUCGCGUCCAUCGCGGUGAUUGGUCCGCCGCACUGCGGCAAGACGACGUUGGCCAAAGCGCUCGCACGGAUGCACCAAUGGGUCUACCUGAGCCUCGACAAUAUCCUCCACUGGGUCCUCCGGUGUCAAAACGAGACGGAGUUGUACGUAGCAGUCUCCGAGUACGUUGCCUCGCGGACGCCAUUGACCGUGGACGUCGAUCUCGUGCCCGACAACAUUUUGCUCCAGUGCAUUCUCUUGCGCAUCAAGGCCAUUGACGUGCAGCAGUCGGGCUACGUGCUCGACGGGUUCCCGAGCACUUUGCGGCAAGCGUCGCUCUGGGAAGGCCUCCAGCGCACCGAGCCGUCGAUGCCAAUGAGUAUCCUGUGCCUUGACGCUUCCGUUUCCUCCAUUUUGCGCCGGUCGCCGCCUCCGUCGCACAUCAAAUUUCUCAAGUCCAUGGCGCAGUGGCAACUCCAUCGUCUGCGCUUGCUUGUGCUGUACGCCAUGACGUACGGCGUCGGGUACCUUAAAAUGCUCGACACCAACGGGCGCAGUGUGUGGCACGUCCUGUCCGAUGCAUCCGAGCUGCUUGCGCGCAUCGUCGGUGCGGCCAACGGGUACAUGCAAGCCAUAGCGUCCGGUGGCGCGGCGCCGCUCCAGCACCUUCGCUUCUCGCAAGUGUACUUGGACUCGCACACGAACAUGCGCCUCGGCGGGCUCUGCCCCGUGACGCUCACGGCAGCCCACAAACGCUACUCGAGUCUGCAAGUCGACCGCCGCUUUCUGGCCGAGUUUGAACACGUCAACUACUGGCUCGCGGACGCAACGGCGCUCGAGGCCUUUCUCUUGCAGCCCGCCAAGUACCUGGAGAGCCGCGUGCUCCUCCAGCAAGCCAAACUGCCAAUAGACAUGGCUAUGGGCAGCAACCUCACAACUGGCGCGCCGCCCCGCCUCGGGUUUCAAGGCUACUGUGCAGUGACCUACGCGGACGGCGCCGGGCCCGCCGACUGGUCGUCGAUUCGAAAAGGCUCCAAGUUUAUCGUGGCGGCGUUUGAUGGCACCGUCUACGCGUUCACGUCGGUCGCUAUGAAAAGCCGCUUCCUGCGCGCACCGCUGGUGUACACAGCACUGACGUUGCCGACAAAGCUGCCGCCCAUCGUCGACGAGAACGCGCGGCACCUCAAUGUGACGAUGCCAGGGAAGCUCGAGCAGGCCUUGAGUCACAUCACCGAAGAGGCACUCGUGGCGCUGGGCCACGAGCGCUUCAAGUUCCCCGGCGUCUCGGUGCGCGCGUCUGCGAUUCAAUUUGUCGCGCUCUUUCUCAAAUCGAAGAAGAAAGCCACGAACCAGGCCAGCCAGCUCCCGGCGGACGUCGCCGCGCUCCUCCAGCAGUACAUCAAUGACUGCCGCCUCGGCAGCGACAUCAAGGAGAUGGCCAUGCCCGUCGGGUCGGCGGUCAAAGGCGUCCGAAGCGUCCGCAGCAAGGACGGCGACGACGUGAGUGCCAAGUUCGCGCGCUUUGAUGCAAUUCUCAUGUCACCAAGCGCACAUUUCCGCGCGUAUGCGACCAACGGCCUCCUCAAGUAGCACAAAACCACGCUGCGAAUACAGAUAGAUGGCUUGCGUCGACAAGUGCUCCUUCUUUUGCGGGUCGUGUAGGGUGGCAAAGCAGAGUGUUCUACUGUUCUGAUUGCUAAGGCUCCAUCCCACUGCCGUGCAGCCUGCACCGUCUCGUC